AUUGGGCGAUUUCGUUUUCCGUGGCCCGGUGCCCCGGGUGAGAGGUCCAGGGCCUUAAAUAAAUGACCACCUACCCGGAGCACCGGGCCAUGACAAAAGGAACUCGCCCAAUCUCAACACAAGCAACACUACACCGAGCAGCUGUGUUUUUGUCAGAGCUGAGGAGUCGUCCAAACGUCCGCAAGAGUUCAAAGAAAGAGUCCACAAUGAAGACCCAAACUUGUUUCGCCUUCUCCAUACAACUAUUUGCUCUUUGUUUUCUGGUUGGUGCCAUUUACAUAGUGAAUGGUGACUACUGUGAGAUAAAUGUCUGCAGUAAUGGGGGGAGCUGUGUGACUGGCCCCAGAUCCACCUUCAUCUGUAUCUGCCCCGAUGGCUAUACUGGGGACACGUGCAAUGACACCGAGACUGGGCCCUGCAACCCAAACCCCUGCAAGAACGAUGCCUUCUGCGACGUGACUGGCCAGAAACGCAGAGGGGACGUCUUCAGCGAGUACAUCUGCAAGUGCCAGGAUGGCUUUGAUGGAGUCCACUGCCAGAACAAUGUGAAUGACUGUGCCAACCAGCCGUGCCAAAACGGUGGCUCCUGUAGGGACCUGAAUGGAGACUUUAACUGCCGCUGUCCGUCCCCCUACGUGGGCAAGCACUGCCAACUGCGUUGUAUCUCUCUGUUGGGAAUGGAGGGCGGAGGCAUUGCUGAGUCUCAGAUCUCAGCCUCGUCCGUGCACUACGGAUUCCUGGGCCUGCAGCGCUGGGGGUCUGAGCUGGCACGCCUCAACAACAAGGGCCUGGUUAACGCCUGGACCUCAGCCUCCUAUGACAGGAACCCCUGGAUCGAGAUUAACAUGCAGAGGAAGAUGCGUUUCACGGGCAUCGUGACGCAGGGCGCCAGUCGCAUGGGGUCAGCAGAGUUCAUCAAGGCCUUUAAGGUGGCGUCCAGUCUGGACGGAAGGACCUACACUAUGUACCGCCUGGACAGACAGACGAAGGACACUGUGUUUGUGGGGAACGUGGACAACGACAGCACCAAGACAAACUUGUUUGAGCCUCCAAUUAUCAGCCAGUACUUCCGCAUCAUCCCCGUGGUCUGUCGCAAGGCCUGCACCCUGCGCUUUGAGCUGGUGGGCUGUGAGCUCAAUGGUUGCUCCGCACCCCUGGGCAUGAAGUCGCGCCUGCUCGCCGACCGCCAGAUCUCGGCCUCCAGCGUCUACCGCACCUGGGGCAUUGAGGCGUUCACCUGGCAACCACACUACGCUCGGCUGGACAAGCAGGGCAAGACCAACGCCUGGACGGCGGACACCACCAAACGCAACGAGUGGCUGCAGGUGGACCUGGAGUCUCUUAAGAAAAUCACAGGUAUCAUCACCCAGGGGGCCAAGGACUUUGGCGCGGUCCAGUUUGUCUCUGCCUUCAAGGUGUCCUACAGUGACGAUGGGCAAUUCUGGAGCAUAGUCAAGGACGAUGUCACCAGCACAGACAAGAUCUUCCCUGGCAACAGCGACAACAAUGUACACAAGAAGAACCUGUUCGAGCCUCCGUUCUACGCCCGAUUCGUCCGCAUCCUGCCGUGGGCUUGGCACGGGCGCAUCACCUUGCGAAUGGAGCUGCUGGGCUGUGACGAGUAGCCCCGCCCAGGUCUCCUCUUUCCCCGCCCCACUCUUCCUUUCUUUCCAAAACCUCCUGAGCCACACCUGCACUGCCUUGAUCAGAUCUGUAGAGGGCAGCAAAACACCACGCCACCACCACAACACUGAGGAGGUACAAAACCACCUAAUGGUUACUGCUAGAAUUGGGUAGGGGUAAUCUGAUCCUAGAUCUGUGCUUAAGGUCAACUUGUACCUCGAGCACACAGACUACUGCUGUGAACUGCAUGGACUCUGAAACUGUCCUUCCUAGAUCAAGGCCUCUGUGUUCAGAGUUUCAGAGUAGGAGUGUUGAUCUUAUUCAUUAUUAUGAUUUAUUUUUUAUUUUUUCACGAAAGGCAAAACUGAUCCUAGAUCAGCACUGCUACUGUAUACGGGCUGAACCUGAAACCCAGUGAUGUACAAUAGUAGCUCAUUUAGCUGAGAUGUUUUUUUCCCAAUAGAGGGUUUUCACCUGAACGUCCUGAAGUGAGUAAAAUUGUGAUUGAACACGUGUGUAUUGUUAGCUUCCAAGCUGUGACUCUGCAGUGCUUUGGUAGAUGUUUUGAACAACUUUGUGUUUACUUAAUGAAGACUCCUCGUGUGACCAUGGACUUUAUACGAAUUUCGUUCUUUUUUAAAAAAAAUUUAAGAAAUGUAUACCAAAUGUAUUUGUUUGUUUCUAUGUGUAUGGUCUUAGUUAACUAGUCAUAAAUGCAUUAUGAUUCAUUAUUAUUUGCAUUUUUACAAAAUUUACGUUUUCUUUUAAGUGUACUGAACAGAAAUAUAAACGCAACAUGCAACGAUUUUAAUGAGGAAAUCAAUCAAUUGUCCUAACCCUAUGGAUUUCAUAUGAUUGGCAGUACAGAUAUGGUAUCUGUUGGUCACAGAUUCCUUAAACAAAUAAUGGGCCUCAGGAUCUUGUCACGGUAUUUUUUUUUUGUGCAUUCAAAUUGGCAUCGAUAAAAUGCAAUUGUGUUCGUUGUCGGUAGCUUAUGCUUGUCCAUACCAUAACCCCACCUCCACCAUGUGGCACUCUGUUCACAAUGUUGACAUCAGCAAACCACGUGCCCACACAACGCCAUGGUCUGCAGUUGUGAGGCCGGUUGGAUGUACUGGCAAACUCUAUAAAACGAUGUUGGAGGCAGCUUAUGGUAGAUAAAUUAGCAUUUUAAAUGAUCUGGCAACACCUCUGGUGGGCAUUCAGCUUGCCAAUUGCACGCUCGCUCAGAACUUGAGACAUCCGUGGCAUUGUGUUGUGUGACACAACUGCAUAUUUUAGUGGCCUUUUAUUGUCCCCAGCACAAGGUCCACGGACGGAUCAUGCUGUUUAAUCAGCUUCUUGAUAGGUGAUCGAGUAUCAUUAAUGGGGAUGUGAAGAUAUUUGUGCUCAAAAUUUUGGGGAUCUGUUAUUUCAGUUCAUGAUACAUGGGACCAACACUUUACAUGUUGCCUUCAUAUUUUUGUUCAGUGUAGUAGCAGACUUAACAUUUAGAAAGCAUAUUCUAAGACUCUUAUUCUGUAGUCUUGUGACAUUCCAAAAUCUCAAAGUAGUUGAAUUCUAUUUUAGUUGAUUAUUUUUUGCCAAAGAGAAACUACAAGUGCAGAAAUACUACCUUAUAGUAUGUGGUGUUAUAACAUGUGUUAUAACUAAAGUACGUGGUUUAUUAUAACUCUAUGUACUCUGUCCAAUAACAAUGGUUUUAUCACAACUCAAUGUAAUGCAUUUAUUACUAAUUGACAAAUAUUAUAAAGUAGAAAAUAUCGAGUUAGCACGUUGACGAUGCUGCCGAGUGUCUUUCUCAGGUCUAGGCAGAUCCAUUCUAGCCUGAUCCCAGAUCUGUUUGUGCUGUCUUGCUAAACACAAACAUACGAGUUGUCAAGACAGCACAACUGAUCUGGGACAAGGUAGAUCUAUUCAUUUUGUAUGUGCUACUGAUGUUGUUAACACUCCAUGAUACUACACAGCUCAACUCAAUAUCACUCAGCCAUGUUUUCAUUUUUUAUUUUAUAUAUAUAUAUAUUUUUCAUUUUUUUUGUAUUAUAUAUUUUAAGGCACUUUCAGAGUCAGUUUGAUUAUUCUUUGCUGAGGUAAAUAUGUGAAAUUGUGAAUCCCAAAGUUUUGUACAUUGAGGAAAUACAGUAUACAUAUUGUGACCAUACAUGUAGAUUGAGUGUUGGAAAACAAAGAUUUGUAAUACUAGGCAUCUGUCGUUUCACUGCAUAGGAGAACGGUAUAUAUGGCUUCCAUAAGUUAUCAGGAAGCAAUUUAGAUUUCUCUGUAGAUUUCUGACUGGCAAUAGCAGCCAAAACCACAUUUCCAUCAGUUUUAUUUCUGAGCUGGUUAUCCUUCCUAGUGUAAAUACUUGUUAUUAUAAAUUGUUCCUAGAAGAUGGAAUGUUUUGCAGCAGACUAAUCAAAUGCCAUCCAUUUCUCACAAGAGGGCCAAAAUUAUGCGUAGAAUUCGAAGGCUGUGUCCACACUGAUAAGAUAGAAAAUGAAAAAAUGUAAUUAAAAAAAGAUUUAUACGGUUGCACUGAACGCAUCACAUGACCGGCUAUCUCCAUAUUGCUCCUAGAUCAUAGCUAACAUUGUAAAGAUCCCUCUUGAAUUAUGGGCUCGUGCAAUAAGUUAUUAGUUUUGAUAUAUGAAUGAAUCUGAAUCAAACACGAACAGCUGGACACGUGGGCAAUAGAUGUACACGCAGACAACGACGCAGUUAAGGCUAUGGAUGGAUGCUAGUGUCAAACACUGUCCAAAUAUUUAGGAUCUUUUGCAGACUGUUUCAAAACAGUUAUCUGAUGUCUGCAUGCAUUGUAUUGUCUAUGAUUUCUCAGUUCCAACAGAGAAGUUUUCAUUUAUAUAUAUAUUUUUUCUGUACACUUAAAAAAAAAAAAAGAUUGUUCAUCAGACUAGUUCUUUCCGGUUCUUUCAUUCCACAAUGUCCUGGUUUUAUGAGUCAUGAAAAAAUAUACAAUUGAUGUGUUUUUUAUGCAAUAUUAUUAGUUACACAUACUUUUACAUCUUACAGUAUUCUGACUGGAUCUGAUUCAUUUUGUUCAUGUUUCUGUUAAGAGAAUUCCCUUGUUUGGCCUUUUGUAACUCUCAAGACAUAGAUAAUAAAGGACUUAAAUGCAGAUA